AUUUCAUGAAAUUGUCUGGGAGAGUGUCAGUGAGGCGGCGAUCGCUCUUACGCAAAGAUCUUGACGGUUUUGUCACGGGAUUUUGAGAGUCACCUUGGUUUUGGUCUGGUUUCGGUGGAUUUUUGGGGGAAAAUUUAAACGAGAUGACGACUGUUCUCGCGACUUUCGCCGUUCUCAAGGACCAUGUCAAGUUGAGAGUGUCGCAGGACUCCGUUGCCAUCGAUAAUAUUGUAUUUAAGCUCCACUACCGAGUGACGUUUUUGAUCCUCUUGGUUGGCUGCCUGCUGUGCACAUCCCGUCAAUUAAUAGGUGAUCACAUCAAAUGCAUAUUUGAUAAUGACGAGAGAACGCUGGGCCACGUGAUUGAUACGUUUUGUUUUUUCACAUCGACUUUCACAGUCUCGAAAUACAUGAAUGCAACAGCAGUAGAAUUAGGCCACAUUCCACAUCCCGGUGUGGGUGCACAAACCCCAGAAGACGAGGUCGUCCACCACGCAUAUUACCAAUGGGUGCCAUUUGUCCUCUUCUUUCAAGCACUCCUAUUCUACGUACCCCACUACCUGUGGCGAUGCGCAGAAGGUGGUCGCCUGAAGAUACUCGUCUCGGGUCUGCAAAUGGCAUCCCUCUGCCUCCGUGACGAGCAGCUCAACCUGAACGACGGCAAAUCGAUUCCCUCGAGGUCCGAUCGAGAGGAGAAAAUCCAGAUAAUUCGAAUCGCCUUUCUGAAUCGUCUGCACGCAAACAGACCCUGGGCGUACUACCUCGGGGCGUGCGAGGUCCUGAACUUCAUGAAUGUCCUGACCCAGAUAUACUUGACGAACUGGUUCCUGGGUGGUGCCUUCCUAGACCUGGGGAACAUCGUCACCCAGGCGGACGAGACCGAUUGGAAUAAAAAGAUGACACCCCUGGACAUUGUAUUCCCCAAGGUCACCAAGUGCACAUUCCACAAGUAUGGGCCCUCGGGUGGCAUUCAGAGACACGAUGCACUCUGCGUUAUGGCGUUGAACAUUGUCAACGAGAAGAUUUACACGUUUUUGUGGUUUUGGUUUAUCAUUCUGGCGGUUGUCACGGGGCUGGGGCUCGUUUGGAGAAUUCUCACGAUGGUUUUACAUGCCAGGAGUAUCCGGUUCAACCGGUGGGUAUUUUCGCUGGCCUGCCCGGGUAAAUACAAUCCCUGGAAUGUCCUUCGAGUGACUCACGAGUACCACUUCGGCGACUGGCUCUUCCUCUACUAUAUAGCCAAGAACCUGGACAACUAUGUGUUCAAGGAGUUGCUCGAGCAGUUGGCCCACGACAUGGAGGAUCGUAGAGCGAGCCGCUUGAAGCACGGUCUUUCCACACUGAGCGAGGAGGAGCCCUUGAAGAAGGUCUAGGGGCCGUCAAUCCACGGGAACAAUCCACUUGGACAUUCUUGGGAGUUGAGUCGUCGAGGACAGGCAUUAUCAUCAGAACGUUUUUCCCAAGUUUUCGCUGAGUAUUUUCGCAUCAGUACGCGCGCUCUGAUCUUUCAUCUCAUUUAGUUGUGAGAAACUUCGUGUUCUUCAUUCGAAUUUCGAAUGAAUUAAAUUUAUUUCGGUCGUGAAUGCGUUAUCAGAAUGAAUGAUGGAUUAAAAAAUUGAUGAAUGAUGAAGAUUAAUGAUGAGUGAAGAGUUAAUGAAUAAUUUUUAAUCUUUGACCCAUUCCCUUUCACUUUUUAGAGGGAUCCGAUCAAUACCCUUAAUUGUUCGGCAAUAAGGGAAGUUUUUACGAAUCAAUUUUCUAUAAUAGUGAACAAUUUUCUUGAAUUAUUUGGUCAAUCUGCAAAUUCUUUAGAAAAUUGAACAAU